CGAAGGUUGCUGCAACGCCGGAAGAACUUUUGUUCGUUAUUUUUUUUCUUCCAUCAACAAUCCCAACACUCCGACUGGAAUUCACCAAUAGUCUCCAACCCAAGACAUCACUCCCAUACCGGGCUAUGUUCAAGUUUUUUUCUCGCUCGAACUUGCUAUUCUGAAAUAAUCUGGAAACGAACAGGAUCCAGUACUCGAUACGCGUAACAGAUCGUCAAACAUUAUAGAGAACCGUACUCGAUACCUCCGAUUCGACUUCUAUCUCCAGUAUAAGCCGAUCGCGCAAUGUCUGCAGUCAAGCUUGGGUUUUUGGCUAUCCGAACAAUUGCGAAGCCAAUUGCCAAUUCUAUAAAGUCCUACAGUGUUAAGCAUCCAAAAUUCAGGGAUGCAUGUAUCAGCGUCGCCCAAUUCUCGCACAAGACCGAGAUGCAACUCAAGAUGAAGUUUUUAGGAUAUAAGGUUGAGUCGAUCCGUCCCUUGAACGACGCAAGAGCAGUGGAGAUGGGUGCCAAUUUCCUGGGCGAGGCAAUCAUUUUUGGUGUCGCUGGGUCUCUUAUCAUCUUGGAGAACGCUAGAACGCGUAUGAAUGCGCGAGACAGGAAAAAUCACGUUGAUGACACGCUCGACAACCUUUUGCUAAUCACCUCCGAAUUGCGAGAGGAGAUCAAGGAGCUUUCUGUCGCUACAGAGCAGCGGGUUGAGGAGCUUCAGAGAGAGAACCAGGUGCUCCGAAAGACCCUGAACGAGAUUUUGGAUGUUAGUCUUCGCCUAAGGAACCACACUCCAUAUAGUGGUCAGGAGAUUGGAAUUGGCAAUGCCAAAGGUGGAUUUGUCCUUCAAAUUGCAGAUGAACCCAUGGUACGGCCCUUUCCGGUUGACCCUGCGCCCCAGUCAUCACCAACAACAUUGUCAAAUUCCAGUUCAGGACAGGAUAAUGCCUCGGAAACGAGCGUGUAUUCAAGUAAACCAUCACUCCAAUCCUCAUACGAUUUUCACCAUGAGCACCAUCAGCUUGGCCAUUCACAGCCCGAGGAGGACUUUAUUCUAAUUGAGCAGCAAACCUCAUUGCCCUCACAGCACGUUAAGAAGAGUCGAUGGGAGAGCAUGACUGCGCCAUGGUUCUCUUCUGGUUCCUCAGGUUCAUCCAGUUCAUCUAGCUCGUCUUCAUCGGCUUGAGAUAGGAACCAUCUUUAUUUUUGACAUAGACGUAGUACAUGAAGACGAAGCAGCGCACAUACGCAGCCUGAAAUAUAGAGACUAUACUGGAGAGUACCUGCUCGCAUGUACUACUACUCUUUGUUGACCAUGCACUUAAGGAUAAAGCAAAC